CGCAUUGCCCCUCUGCCGAGAUGGCCGCCCAAGCCUCCCCUGCCACCAGCGGCCCGUCGUCGCCCCGCGGCCAGCCGGCGCCCGACUCGAUCUCGUCGGCAACACUGCUAGAGCGCGUGCAGUCGUACGCGACCACGGGCACCAUCGACGCCUCCGGCCUCGCGCCCCUCGAGGUCGACGUGCUCUUCCACGUUCUGCACAAGCUCCAUGACAGGUUCCUCAAGCAGUACGACUGCGACGAAGUCAAGUGCGACAAGACAAGAAAGUGCCCCAAGUGCGGCGUCUUCCGCAUCCAGGUCCUGCCGUCGCCCGACGCCGAGCCAAGUCCCGACGACGUCGACAUGGAAACAUGAUCCGACACGAAGACCGAUCACGAAGAAGAUACAUAGUCGAUUCGAUCGACUGCUUUUAGUACAUAGUAGCAACCCACCUAGAAUACCUUAAUAAAACGCGCUCAACCUGCGAUAGGAAGGACGUGCGCCACACACUUUGCA